UCGAGACAGCCCACGCUAUGUCAUUCUACCGCACUUUGGCGCCAUGUCAACGGUGAACCAUGACGCACCAUGGCAUUACCAUAGACAAAGAGACCACGACCGGCGCGCGCGCAGCCUGACGGGUGGAACAAGAUGGCGGCUCGGGUGGUUGGUGCCUCUCGUCGUUUUGAAUUUUGUGGCCACUGUUGGGGGUGAAUCACUGACAAGUCGCAUGCUAGCCUCCAUCCUCGGCUACCCCAGUACCUGCAGCCUAGGAUCAGAGGUCCGGCCAUGCACCCUGACCCUCUCGUGCUGGCUUCGAGGGGGGACCAGAGUGAGGGGGUGUGGAGGCAGCUGGCUGUUCUCAUGCUGCGUGCCUCCUGAGGCUAGCAGGAAUGAUGGGAUGGAUAACAGCAUACCAUCAUCAGAAUGGAAGUACAAGGUGGUGCCGCCGAAGCUGCGUCAAGUACCACAGCGCAGCGUGGUGCCAGCCAACGUGUUCCGAAGGAGAGCUGAUGAUGAAGUGGCACAGGUAGACUGUGGCCUGUCUUCCACGCAGAUGAUACAGAAGAGGAUCAUAGGAGGCAGGGAGGCGAGGUUCGCGGAGUUCCCCUGGCAAGCGCACGUCAGGAUAUCCGAGUUCCAGUGCGGUGGUGUUCUUGUAUCUCGUUGGUACGUGGCGACGGCGGCUCAUUGCGUGUCGCGCGCGCGGCCGCGGGACAUCGCCGUGUGGCUGGGAGCUCUGGAUACCAGUGCUGGUGCGAGUACUGCUAGGAAACUGGGGGUCGUCCAAAAAAUCCUUCACCCUCUUUUCCAAUUUCGUAUGACGCAACCGGACCGUUACGACAUCGCCUUACUGAAGCUAUCCCGGCCCAUCACCUAUACUACUCAUAUCCUCCCGAUCUGCCUGCCGGAGAGGGAUAUGGAGUUACGAGGGAGGGCUGGAGUGAUAGCAGGAUGGGGGAAGACGGAUGCGAGUACAGGACAUACGGGAACUAAUAUGUUGAGGUCCGCUACUGUGCCUAUACUUAGCAAAGAGCAGUGCAUUAAUUGGCACAGGAGUAAGCAGAUCUCAGUGGAGAUACAUUCCGAGAUGAUCUGCGCCGGACAUUCCGAUGGACACCAAGAUGCAUGCUUAGGAGACUCCGGUGGCCCCCUCAUAGUAUCAGACAACGGUCGCUACUACCUAGUGGGGAUCACAUCAGCCGGCUUCGGCUGCGGAGUGGACCAUCAGCCGGGGAUCUACCACAACGUGAAGGUCACCAGCACCUGGAUCCGCGGCGUCGUGGCUGAACAUAUCAACUAUAUUGACUUUUAGACUAGAUGGAGUUGACCGUGCUUAUGAUUUCUUGGACUUGACUGAACUUUAAGGUUCCAAAAAUGUUGUUGUAACAAAUCUUCGAGAUCAACUAUUUAUUGACUUUAAGACCUUCAUAAGGCUCAAAUACUACGUAAAAAUACAUUAUUCGUCGGUAUGUAUCGUCUACACUGUAGAAUGUACAGAAUGUAGACUCUACAGGGUUUACCAGCAUAGCUUAACAACGCUCAGAGCCCUAGUAUAAGAAGGUCAGAGUUUUCCUACUCGAACUGGUUGACAUGAAAUCUUAACGAUUACACUGUUGGGAAGCUGAAAUAUUUUUUAAUGAAAUUUAAAAAAAAAUGAUAAACAAACAGUACAAAAUAUAAGUGAUGAAGAAAACGAAACGUCAACUUUAUUUCAAAGAUGCUAUUUAAAAGUUUGAAAGCCGGGCCGUAAAAGAUUGUCACACAAUUUGAGACUGAAAUCGAGUCUAUUCUUGCACAAAAAAAGAAGACUAUGAUAAAGAUUGACUUUCAAC